AUGGCUCCUAACGAUAAAACUCAAGAAACCACCACUGACAGGAUUACUAACAAGAUGACAGAAGUGGGCGAGAAGGUCAAGGAAGCAACAAAGUCUAAGGACGAGAAGGAAGCAGAGAAGGAAGCAGAGAAAACCGCCACUGAUAAGAUUGGUGACAAGAUGACAGAAGUGGGCGAGAAGGUCAAGGAAGCCACAAAGUCUAAGGAAGAGAAGGAAGCCGAGAAGGAAGCCAAGAAGAGCACCACUGAAAAGAUUGGUGAGUCUGCGAAGGAAGCCGGAUCAAAACUUCGCGGUACGAUCGAUUCAGGUGUGCAAAAGGUCAAGGAUACCGUUAGCAGCCCUAAGGAUGGCGAAAAGAAGUAA